AACUUUUCUUCCUUCCCUGUCAUUUGGACUGAAUAGGUUUGACAUAAUGGCCAUUCGUGUAUUAGAAAUCAUAUUUUUCUUCUAUUUUGCCUCUCACAUUCCUAUCACAUUAUUUAUUGACUUACAAGCUCUUCUACCUGGACAUGUGUAUCCUCAGCCGCUGAAAGACCUUCUGAAGUGGUAUGCAGCGGAGUUCAAAGACCCCAUGAUGUUGGCUCCUCCAGAGUGGUUCAAGUCCUUUAUUUUCUGCGAGGCUUUACUUCAAACACCUUUCUUUCCUAUCGCAGCAUACGCUUUUCUAAAAGGUGGCUGUAAGUGGAUCAGGACUCCUGCCAUUGUGUAUUCUACACAUGUGGCCACCACACUGGUCCCGAUCCUGGCCCACGUCCUCUUUUAUCAGUUCCCUGAGGAACCCCACCCUGGUCCCCAGACCCCGCAGGAGCGCUGGCUGCUGGUCUCCAUAUACGCUCCGUACCUUCUGAUUCCUGUGCUGAUUCUGCUCACCAUGCUGAUGUCCUCCACAUAUAACCCCACCUCCAAGUCUGUAAACACAUCAGCCAAAUCCAAGAAGAGGAACUGAAAGAUUAACAGACUAUAGCUUUCUAAUGAUUGUUUUUUUACAUUUCUAAAUGUACUAUUUUUGUAUGAGCUGCAGACUAUCUAAUAAAACUAUUAUUAGUAGGAAAUCGCCAUUUUAAAACCUGAUACAAUGCACACUUUGAAUGUGAAAAUGUAACCAUUGUUUGUUGGAUGUUUUUUUUAUUGUUUUUUUGCUUUUGUCAGCACUACAGUGACAUUUAUAAUGAAAAAAAUAGCAGUCAGUAGAAAAUUAGGCCACAAAUUAAAAUUUUAAAAUAAAUUUCAAAAUAUUAUGUUUUCCAUUAUGCAUUUACACAUAUCCAUGAAGGUGUGGCACACUGGCUCCAUGCUCCCUGGUGGUUAGUCUCUGCUCUCUGGAGCCAAAAGUCUGGUUCCUAUUUUUACACUGGGUCUUAACCUGAACAGUCUUUCUGUAUGUUAGUUAAUCUGGUCAAUUAUCCUUAGACCAUUAACUCCACACUCACAGAUCAUAAAACACACUUAACAUUGGGAUUAUAAAAUUGAAACUCAAUGGCUGUUGUACACACCUAAUUAUCCAUUUGCACUUUAUUAUAGUAUUUUCAAUUGUUGUUUGUUCUCUAUGUACAAUACAAGGCAAAGCAGGGCACAUUUAUUUGCAUAGCACAUUUCAGCAAGGCAAUUCAAAGUAUUUUACAUAAAACAUAAAAUACAUCAAGACAGGAUAUAAAAGCAAAUAAAAACACAUUUAUAUAUGAUUAAAAGUGUUAAAUUGGAAUUGAGAUUAAGCUGAUAUAGAAUAAGACAGAUAAAACAGGAGAAUAAAAAGUUACAAUAUGGUGGUGCUCAAAUUUGGAUUUAAUCAAGAAUAGUCGUAAACAGAAAAGUCUUCAGCUGUGAUGUAAAAGAACCAAAAGUUGGAGCAGACCUGCAGUCUUCUGGGAGUCUGUUCUAGAUAUGUGGAGCAUAAAAACUGACCAUGUAUUCACCUAGUGACCAGUUUACAAUAUACCUGUAUAAUCUGAUACAAUCAAAUACACCAACUGUAAUAACUCCUGUCUGUGUGAAGUUAUUGAUGUUUAUAGCAGCUUUUAAUACAAUGCAAUACUCUUUCAUUCUCUUUAGACAGAUUUGUGGUACCACAAG